AUGUCAGACCUCUCAGAAUACGCCGCCCAGCACCAGAACUUGCUGAAUUUCGCAAAUGCAUCCAAAGAUGAGCUUUUGCAGAUCGUCAAAGACCUAAACACUCAAUCCCUCCGGCUCCGCUUCCCCUCCUUCUCCUUCACCGACGCCCACCACCUUGGCCAGGAACUUCUCCGAACCGUUCAGACAGAGUUGCCUGAGAGCGAACAAAACAAACCCGUCGUGAUCGAUAUCCAACUCGGCGCAAUGUGCGUCUACCACCUCGCACAACCCGGCACGACACCCGAUAACGACACCUGGAUCUCCCGGAAACGCGCCCUCGUCAACCGUUUCCACACCCCCUCCUUCACCUACGGCCGUCAACUCCAACUCGCUGGUAAGACGUUGGCAGACAAAGGGUUGCGUGAGGCUGAAUAUGCGGCGCAUGGAGGUUGUGUUCCGAUUGUGUUGGAGUCGGGUGUGUGUGUUGGGACGGUGACGGUUAGUGGGUUGAGUCAGGCUUGGGAUCAUUUGGUUGUUGGGUAUUGCAUGGAGGAGUUGAAGCUGAGUAAGUAA